GUGAGCGGGGGGGAUACUGGAGCUAAGCUAACGAUAACACUUAUUAAAAUAUAGUUAGCGUGCGCGGGAUUUUAUGGGUCAACUUUACGGAUUCUAGCCGUGUUAAAAACUUUAUUCAGCUGUUAAAAAUGAUAUUUUAUUAGUUAUUAAUACAGAAAACAAACUGAGGCGAGUGUUGUGGAAGUUUCGGGCUCGCUAUGCCCCUCUCUACAGAAACGAACAGAUGCAGUGCCAUGUGAUUGUCACAGCGGUGUAAAGAACUUUGCAGAAAAAGGAUAUGGAUGCCUUCCAUCAGGGUUUAGGAGCAGAGGAACUGUGCAGAGAUGGGGACAAAAUCCUCUUGGCUGGAGAUGUGUGGAGAGCAGCAGCUCUGUAUACUCGAGCAUUUGGGUGUCAUGCGGGAUCCACUGUGACGCAUAUGCGCAGUAUGGACAGGUCCUGUUUAGAACAAGUGAUUUCCACUCUGGAGGCUUGGCUUGAUGGACAUGGAUUGUCGCACAACUCAAUGCAAGGCCUCAAUAAAGGGCUUGCCGCAGUGUUCCUAUCAACCUUGUGCCCCAAUAAUGUUUCCGCCUCUCUUUUUAAAAUGGAAUCAGUGCUGCUUGGAACUGGCCAGGGGUCAGAAGAAAUCUUUACUCGAUGUUCGGCUCUUCUGGAAGGGAAGAGAACGCCUCGUCCUGAGGGUCCUACGCGUUUAAUUUUGGAGUUAACGCGAGCUCUGGCUUGCUUGCUUUCUGAUCCGACUAACCCCAAAGGACCUCGGCUCUAUCUGCAGGCUUUUUUUGGAAACCGAUCCGAGACGGUACGACUGCUAAAAAGUCGGCAAGUGGAACAUCUGCCUCGAAUAAUCAAAGCUUUCUUUGAGCAGAUGUCCCACAGGUUUUCCAUUCUCCAUCAUGGAUGCAAAUCCGAGAGUUCUGUGGACUGUAAACCAAGGCCUGGUGAACUUUCUCCUUCAGAAUCGACUGAAUUUCUUGUUGCGAUUGCACCUGACAACUCUCUGGUGAGGGAGCUUCAGGCAGCUGUCUUGUUUUUCCUUGGAAAGUUUGAGGAAAGCGCUGAGGCUUUUUCCAAGGCUUUGCAGUUGUCUGGAUCGCAAACAAAUACAAAUGCAAGUCUGGACCUGGCUGUGCGUGGGGGGUCACCAGAAAAGAAAGCUAGCCUAUUAGUGGGCAGAGGGGCUGCCUUUUUCUCCACUGGUGGACGGGCGACAGAGGCUUGCUUAGACCUUGGUGAAGGAUUUGCUGUUCACCCAGCGACAGCCAGGUUGCAGUUCCAGAGACUCUUCUCAGAAAGUGGUGCGGGAGUGGCAGCUCGUGUCCAGCUGCGGCAGCAGGCAGAGAGAGGCCUCACAGGCUUCAGGGAGACUGUUCUCGUCAGGCCUGAUCUACGUUCCUCUGAGGGCUUGGAGCUCCUGGACCCUGUCAUUGCACAGUUGCGAGCUCUGUGCCACCUGGAGCCUGAUGGAGGGGGCAGGGAGCUGCGGGUACGACUUGCAGACUGCCUGCUCCUGCGUGGUGAAAUCAGAGAAGCUCUGUCCAUCAGCAGCCAGCUAGCCGCCGCUGCCCCGGCUCAGCAAAGCUAUCAGAACACAGUGCAGGUGCUGCGUGGCUUUUCUAGGUUGCUCUGUGAGGACCAUAAAGGAGCUCUAGAGGACUUCCAGGCUGUAAUCGAGCACAGUGCCCCUCACCCUCCGAGUUGUGUCCGUGCACUCUGCGGCAGGGGCUUGUUGCGGAUGAUGGCUGGCUCACACUACCUGACCGCUUUGGACUACAUCACAGCAAGCCAGCUUCAGCUUCAGGACACGGCACUGACCGUGAGAUGUCUGGUACCGUGGAACUACAGAGGAUUGCUGUGCACUGUGCUGCUGGAGCAGGGCAGGGUUAUGCUGGAAGAGGAUGGAGAGCCGAGCAACAGUUCGGGUCAUCAGCCAAACAACCAACAACCACCUACGGAGACAAGAGAGAGUUAUGCCCUCAACAAGGAAGGAAUGGCUGUAGGUGUGCACGCUCUCGCUGUUCUCCUCAUGGAGUUGCAGCCAGGCGUAGACGGCCCCCAGAUCCUAGCUGCAGAUGCUUUGUAUCAGCUGGACCGUGUUGAGGAGGCGUACCGUCUUCUCCUGCGCAUGGAACAGUCUUCCUCACGCUCGCCGGUCCUCGUCCGUCUUGCCCUGCUCCAGCUGCAUCGUGGCUUCUUGUAUGAUGCCAACCAGCUUUUGAAAAAGCUAAUCCAUUGUGGAGACACUAGCUGCCUUCGCCCUCUGCUCUCAAUUGCAUCCUCAAAGGACAGGACACUCCUGGAGAAUCACUGUCACAGCGCAUCCAAACGCAUUCUGGACAGCCAACAGGAGGACGGUGCCAUUAGAGAGGCUGUGGCCUAUCUGUCCAUUGCCAUUAUGGCUUCAGGUGGUGAAGCAAUAGACUCGUUGUUGGAGAGAGCAAGAUGUUAUGCUCUACUAGGCCAAAGAAAGACUGCCAUAUUUGACUUUACUGCUAUACUUAAGGAGCACCCAAACUAUGUGAAAGCCUUGUGUGGGAGAGGAUUUACCCAUCUCAUGCUAAACCAGCAGAAGGAAUCCACACAAGACAUACUGGCAGCACUUCAGGUUGAUGCAGAAGAGGUCACUCUGAGUAUUCUGUCCCUGAAGGAUAAGGCACGGAAGCUUGUAUGUGAAUGGCUACAGCAGCAUUGCCGUGCCGAUCUUUCCACGAUUCUGUCAACUAACCCCGUACCCUGCAGAGAUGUAAGUCUGCGAGAAGCCUUUCUGAUCAGUGGAGUGCUCAUGAAAACUGACUGCAGGGAUCCGAGGUGGCAUCUCCUCUACAUAGACACACUGUUGGCUCGAGGGGAGUUGAAGGCAGCAGGUGUGCAUCUGCGUCAAGUCUUUGGGCAAGAGCCACGCGAUGCUGUGGCCCAAUCCAGGUGGGGAGUGGUGGAGUGCUAUCAACAGAGCUACAGAUUGGCAGCCAAAUGUUUGAGUGUUGUGUCUGAGAAAGAACCUGCAGUGCUUGACUUCCUCUUGGCUCUCAUUCCGCCCCAACAAAGAAAACGCCUGGCUCAGGCAGCAUCUCAGGAGGCCAGCAGGGUCUCAGAAAGUGGACAAUGGGAGCGUGUCCUAGCUUUGCUGACAGUUGCUAUCCAAGCGGCGGGUGGCACAAAACUCCAGCACCUGCGGCAACGUGCAGCAUGCCUGUCCCAGCUGGGUCUCCAUGAGCGGGCAGUGUCGGACCUAGAUCGUGUCAUCUGCUCUCACAGUUCAGACAGCAGUGAGGAGCCCGCCCUGUGGACGGAGGACCUGUGCCGACGUGGACGCAGCCUUCUGCUCUGCUCCCGGGAAGAACCCGCUCUGCAUGACUUCUCUCAGGCCCUGGAGCUCCAUCUGGAGCAGGCCCUGCUGUGUGUGGAUGCUGGACCAGGCAGGCCCCAAGUGGCCGAGGUUUUCCUGCGCUUUGCCUUGCAGCGCUAUGGAGAGCAGCAGUUGGAUAAGGCCUGGUGCCUGACAGAGAGCGGUUUGAAAGUGGACAGCAGCCACACUGAGUUGCGGCGACUCAGGGCCAGAAUAAAGCGAGAUGUCUCUAGUCCUUGUAUUGUGCAUUGAAACCAAUACUAACCUUUAGUCCUCAUGUAAUCUACCUGUUAUUUUUUAUAAUUAAUCAUGGAUUUUUGUAAAGACCACACAGUAAACAUAACUGAGCAAAACAUUAUGGAUUUGUUACUUUCUUUGAUGAUUUUUUUGUGACUGAGAAUAAUCAAGUAAAUUAUUCCUCGCUAGAAUAUGGAGUAAUGAAUAAUAUUUAAGCAUCUACAAGCAUCUACAAGGUGAGCAGUCUAAGCCCAUAAGUCCAUAAAACUAUUCUUAUAUUUAAAAAAAAAAAAUGAAUGUACUUUUUACUUUCCGUAAAAUAGCUUUUUUAAUAUCAUUGAUAUCAGGUUGGAGUUUAACAGAAACACAAAAGAAAAAGUGAAAAUAUAUUGGCAUAUAGGGAAUAUGUAUUGUUACUCUCUAAAUACUUAUAGACCUAA